CGGAGCCGCAGCUGCGCGGCUGUUAAUACCAACGCGACCCUCACGUCCCGGCGCAAUUCUCCACACUGGGUUGGCUGCUUCAAGGCAUGAGGAUGCGAGCGGGGAUUUAGUUUUUAGUGUCUUUUGCCGUCUGGAGCAGUUUAUUACAUUUCUCCCGCACACAGAAACGGAUUUAGACACACGAAACAAGGUUCGUGGCCCUCAUUCUCACUACAGAAUAUGAUGCAGAGGCCCUCCUCUCCGAAGGGAAGUUGGAUGGGAAUACUGCCAUACGUGUCUGCUGGUGAUCAAUGAACUCAGUCCAUUCAAUCACAAAAGGAACUAACCUGAACUACUGAAGAAAAACAGGAUAUAACGACACAGACACCUUUUUGCGGAUAUGGCGGCGACAGAUGCCUGUUCAGCGCCUGUACAGGAAGAUGGCACCACCACCACCAAGACUAAAACAGAGGUGGAGCCCACAAACUCAGAGACUGUCACAGAGACUGUCACAGAGGCUGUCACGUCUCCACCCGAUGAGGUACAACCUGCCGGAGAGACCACACAGAGCACAGAGCACCCGGCCGAUGGCAAAGCUAAACAGGCCUCUGAGAAUAUUUUCUCUUCCUUCCUGAAUAAGAGUGGGCUGGGAAAAGUCAUGGGAGGGAAGAAGAAGAAGGAGCAGAGCACAGAGGCUUUGGAGGCUAAUGGAGAGGGAAACACAGAGCAGAAAAAGUCAUCUGACCAAGCAGAGGAGCCGGCAGCCAAUGGCACAGAGGCAGCGGCUGAGGACCAGGCCAUUGAGAAAGCUCCGGAGAACCAGCUGAAGGUCCGAUCCAAAUCCUUGGACAGGUUGGAGGACCCUGAGGCCCUCAAUGCCACAGUGGACCAACUGGAAGAUGCCCCGGCAACAGAAGAGUCAGAGAAGCUUGCCUCCAAUGCAACGACCAAACACAUGAAACGCUGGCAUUCCUUUAAGAAGCUUAUGGCCCAGAAGAGUCACAAGAAGAGCACGGAAGAGUCAAAGGAGGCCGAGGGCAGUGAGGGUGCAUCUGGGGGCACUCCUGGUGACACAAGUACACUGGACUCCAAGGCUUCAGAAUCCAGUGGCCAGAAACGGUGGAAACUGAAAAGGUCAUGGACAUUCCAGGGGCUGAAGAGAGACCCAUCAGUCGUAGGCAUCAGCAAAGCCGCUAAGAGUGAGAAGGCGGAAGGGGAGGAAAAUGCCACAGAGAACGAUGAAGCAGCUGUGCUUGAAACAGACGAAGCCAAGGCACAGGUAGACGGCGAAACACAGGAGAAAACCAACACAGACAGAGAGGAGGAAAAAGGAGCCACCGCCGCCCCACACAAAUCAAUGAACCAACACGCAGAUGACAUCUGGACCUCCUUCAAGAAACGUGUUAUCCCCAAGUCCAAGCGGUCAGCAGACACGGUGGCUGCCAGCGGGGAGGAGGAAGGUGCUGCCACAUCUGAACCGGCCGAGCAGACGGAAGAGGCUGGCAAAGAGCAGGCCAAGUCGGCCAAGGCCAAGCGAACACACUUUAACCGCGCUGUUUCGCUGAAAAACUUCAUCAUGCGAAAGGGGAAGAGCACCAGCGUGGACCAGGGAGACGGAGCUCCGAAGGAGGGGGAGGAGGCGGCAGACGGGGAUGCGAAGGACACAGAGGGCGCGGCUGCCCCAGCUGGCACGUCUGACAGCCAGCAGGGAGAAGCUGACACUGUCCAGGGCGAGAGCAACGAUAAAGGAGAGGCUCAGGUGGCCAAUGAGCACACAGCCACCGACGGAGAGGCAAAGGAGCCCGCAACGAGCACACCGUCUGGUCCUGAGCCCGAGAAGGCCAACUCAGCUGAGCCCGCAGAGCCUGCGGCAGAGGUGAAAACCAAUGGUGAGAAUGGGUGCUCUAACGGCACGCCCGAAGAAGACGCCACACACAAUCAUGAAACGACCCCGAAGAAGGAUGGACCAACAGAUGAGGCCAAACAAGAAAACACCAACUCAUCGAAGGACGCCAAGAUCCUGAACCUCGGCACAGGAAAUGCAGUUGUCCAAAGCGAAAAAAAGGCGGGAAACGUGUGACGACACACAAAGAGGAUUAGAUCUGCAUGGGAUUCGUUCAGCGAGGAGCUUUGAUUCCCCCCAAAUGGAAUAAUCACAUGUUUACGCCACAAUUCACCAUGGUGAGAGCGAUGCAAUCCAUAUAGAUGAAAAAAUACUCAAAAGCAAUAAUUCAAUCAUCAAUGAGUGCAGUUCUUGCUUACCAUUCCAUUAUCAAUGUAAAUGUUUUGCUUGUCCUCUACUAGUGAGAUUUUAUAUUGUCAAAAAAAAGGAAGACAUUCCAUCCUUGUCAAAUGUUAAUCUCUAUGAUCUCUCAUUCCAGGAUAAAAAAUACUUAGUUUUAUAUCAAUUGCCAUUUUAUUUGUAGUUUUGUCAAUAGAUAUUUCAAAGUGCACCCAAGAACACAUUUGAAAUAAUUGCCCUAAAAACUGCCCCCCAAUGUGGAUUCAUUAAGUAAUGUGUUCUAAUCUCUUUCUGUGUUAAUGUUUUUAGACUGUUGUAAACAUGAAUAAACCACCAUAAAAUAUUAAGUCAAAAUGUUUUUUUUCUAAACACAUCUUCUCACUGUAAGUAUUGAUAUGUUUUGUUGAUCAAUGAUGUCACAUGUUCGCUAGCAAAUUGUCAAAAACUAGAACAAUAAAGAUGAAAAUCUAACAACUAAAGAACCAUAAUUGUGGAGGCUAUUUAUGCAUGAAAUGUUGAUGUACAGUAAAUGGCUGCUUAUAUACUUAGGAAGGCAUUAUGGAAAUGCUAUUGGUCAUUCAUCUCUAUUUUGAUAAUCCCACAUCGUUUUACAUAAUGGCAGAUUUGUACAUUAUGUAUUAGCUGGAGUACUUCAAUUUCACAUUGAAUAGCGUCAAGUGAUGUGCUCAUUCAGAGUAAAUUACUUGUUUCAGAAAGUAAUGUCUGCUAUUGUCAGUGUCACUGCCCUGGCAGUUGAGGGACAUGUCUGUUACCAUUCUGUAAAUGCGCUUGAUACAGCACUAUCCAUGAAAUCACCACCAUACUGUUGUCUGUUAAUCCCAGAGAUUUCGUUUUAAGUUAUUAGAGAGAUGACAGACAGUAAGAGGAUAUUAUACCAGAUAUUAACCCAACAUAAUAGCUACAUGUUAUGUGAAGUUAUAGGCUAGCUAAACAUACACAAAAUGUGCAUAAAAUGAUAACCUGCCGUGACAGACAAAUACAGGGUGGCAUCAUUGACAUGGGAUGUUACCCACAAGCCACAGCCAUCCAAGGAAUGUAGACCUCAUUCACCUAAAGAUGUUCAUGACAUGGAUCAUUACAGUCAUUACAUUCCUGUUGUUCUGCCAAAUUACAAAUCAAUCAGGACAAAUAAAGGUGAUAUUGUUGUUUU